AAGAAAAUGGCGGCGCCCAUUAGCAAUAUUUUUGACAACACAGUUUGAUAUGGUUUGAUUAUCUAUUUGAUAUACGGGCAGUCCUAGCUCUAUGCAGCAUUGUAUGAGUGUGACAGGCUAGCACAAUAAUUGAGAAUUCGACACACCAUAUCAUUAUCAAUAUACAUUAUAAUAAGUGUUCGCUACUAAAUGGAGUCAGGUACAACGAGUUCCUCUGCAGAACUUGAAUGGAGACGACAAUGGAAACCAGACUUGGCGACGCAGGUGUGGCAACAAAUCCAAAUCAAGAAGCAAGGGAUGCUCGUCAAGUUCAUCUUCCGAGAUGACUGUUAUGAGAUUCUGUUAUAUGACAUGAUCACAAUGUGGUCGGAGGAGUGCAGUAAAGAUGCCUUCAUGAAGAAAGCAAAGAGAUUGAAUCCCAAUGUUGAAGCUCCCGUAGCGACACUUAUCCAGCAUCUUAAAGAUGACCUUAGUUCGCAGAACCUUAGCUCUAAAUCAAGCUCAAGAUACAUGUACAAGAUCAUAUACUCUAGACCUCCAGAUGAGAGUAAGAUCACCUUACAGCUCUUCUCAAAGCUACCUGGAAAUGUUCCCUUCAGGUGGGAGUUUGAUGGACGAGAGGCCAGCAGUGAUAUGUAUGCACAGCAUCUAGCCACACCCCUCCUCAUCAUGGUCUCAGAGCUAUGCAGACAACAAGGAGAGCUCCAGAAUCUACUGACAAAGAAAGAUGCUGAGAUUGAGGACUAUAAAGCAGACGGAGCAAAGGUCUCAAGGAGAAGUCUUCUGACUGUGCCAUUUGAUGCGAAAGCAUUCCGAAAUGAGAUGACUCAGUCAAAGUUUUUUGAGAGACAGAUUCAAUCUCAAGGGAAGUGCACAUUUGAUGGAAUAGGACAAGAGCUUUACAAGGAAGUCAUGAUGAAAAAUGCUUGGUUAAACAAACCUGAAGAACCAGAACAUUCAGACGAGGAUGUACUGGAAGAUUUAUCAGGUGAUGAAGGUCAAUCAGUCGACGAGACUGGACCCUCAUGGGCCAACCGGUUACCACCUUCUCUUGUAGCUAAUGCACAGACAGUUGGUGCUAGUGUCGGGUCACCUACAAAGUCCAUCACUCCCAAAGGGUCACCAAGAAAGGGUGCUCCGUCACCGGGCAGGUCAGCAGAGGAGGCAGAGCUUGCACGACGACAGGCCCUUGAGAAGAGACUAGCCGAUGAGAAAGCGAAAAGAGAUCUCCCAGUCAAGAAAAAGAAGAAGAAGAUCUUCUGAAUCUUUCUUUCAGCUUUAAGAAGAGUUUGUUUUAAAAUCUAUAUAUAGAUCAGUGCCAAACAAGUCAAGGCAACACAAUACUGUAUGAAAGGAAAAGUAUGAUGGCUAUGAAGGCCCAUCCAACAAAUUCAUCUCUUUUGCAUCAAACCAUGACAAACACUGAUCCCAAUCAAUCUGUCUAGUUUGGGAAAACAUCUAUCUCAUCAAGUUAACUGCAAAGACGACUAUUCACCCAGAAGCUCAUGAAAUAUUUAGAUACUAAAUUUGAGGGUAGCAUAUGUAAUUUAAAUUUGAAUCACCACAAUGAAUUGUUUGGGGUUUGUUUUUGUUGGUUUUUUU